UAACUUGUGCGGAGGCUGAGAUCCUCUGCAGAGUCAACUCCUGCAUGGGUGGACAUGGAGGAAAGCCGGAAUAGUCUCUCAGGGAUUAAAUUGCUACCGAUAUCUGUUCAGAAGAGCAGACGCUUCAUGGCAUUCAUCCCCGGCAUCGAUGGCCCCGGCCACGGCACAUUCGGACUGUCGGUCGUAUUCGGCAAUAGUCGGCCGUAGCUCUUGGCUGAAGAUGAAGUUGUUCAUUGGUGGGAUACAGGAGACCCCGUCCUUGGCCAGCUGGCAGUGGGUGGGGCAGGCUCACGUCAUGCCCCGUCUGCCAAGCUACCUGUCGUUUGUCCUUCAACAACAGCAGACAGGUGAUGUACGUUGUGCUGUCAUGUGCACCCGCUCAAUGUCUCCGUUGUUUCAGUCGCUCCAGUCCACGUAGUCCUGGUGCAGGGAAACCAGUAGAUGUUACUGUCCAGCCUGUCGGCAAUCAGACCCGAGUCCCGAUCUCUUAGACAUAGCAGCCAUUGAGUAAGGCUCGGAGGAUGUACUGGGUCUCCUGGAUCGUCCAGUUUAUGCGCCUCUCCGGCACCGGCUCUCAUUUAUUUUUCAUUUCGAUGCAUGAAUGUGCUCUAAAUGCAUGUGUCAGUGAGUAAGCAAAGGAGCGAGAGUGAUAUUUUUAUAUGGUCACACUUAUCGUAUAAAGUGUGACUGUCGUUUGCGCCAUAAAUCGCUGAUCUGGUAGCCAAUAGGUUAGGCGGUCUAUACACGACGCAGCACGUAUCUGUAACGACCAAACUUGAUUUAAUAUGUGACUACCAUGCCUUGCUAUUGUGGCAAGUCACAAUAGAAUGUCGUGUCGUGUCGUGCCUAAUACGACUACCUAUUGUGAAGAGUUGGAGAACUGAAAACAAUUAAAAUCGAAGCCAAACGAAAAUAAAAAAAGAUAAAUCAAGUUAUAGACCCUAAAAAAGAGAAGAAAGUUAUUAAAUCCCCAAGUAAUGGUCUUGGUGAGCAACGAAUGGCUGAACAAUAAAGAUGACGAACAGAAAACAGAUCCAGCAACAUCGACGACAGCAUCGGGAGCAGUCGGAUCCCCAACAGUGAGCAACGGAGGAGCAUCGACUGAAACAGCCGCGAGGGGAUCGCUCGCGUCGGUGAGAGCAGCAGUUGGCGGAGGAGGAGGAGGGGCGUCGACUGUAAAACGCAAGAAAUCUCAAAGCUCCUUAAAUAUGGACUCGACAAACACAAUGAAGUCGGAGCAGGAUCUUGUUCAGUCCAUGGAGAGGGAGAAGCACGAGCUGGAGACGGCGGACAGCAAUAAUGAAGACGAGUCGGACGAGAACCAGGAGAACAAUAAUGUGGAGGGCUCCGACUCCAACACUAACACAUUGCAGGGUACAAGCACUCCAGACCGUCGCAUGGCGUCCCAACUGCCUGCAUCCAGCCAGGUGCUACAGAUGACACUGAAUUCGGUUCUCAACGCCAACAACACGGCUGUGGGUGGGGGUGUUUUAUCUGCCAGCAGUCUCUUCUCGUCAUUGGGCGGACACAACAACGGGGUCAUGCAAAGAGAGCAAAGGGAGGCGGACUACGGGACACUGUUGGUAGCACAGACACAGACACAGACACUAACACAGACACCGGGAUUGGCAUUGUCAUCCACUGAUCUAAACAUGAGCCCGGAGACGGCUUCGGCAUCAGUCACGGCUAAGGGCGAAGCCAAAAUUGUGCUGCAGUGCGAGGCAAAGUCGCACAAGUUUGAGACGCGGUCCAUUCUGCUGCAGCCGAACCAGGAGUGCAAGGUUGGCCGUUUGAUAGCCAAGAGUAAGGCCAGCGAGGAAAACGCGAUCUUUGACUGCAAGGUCUUGUCCCGCAAUCACGCGAUGCUCUGGUACACACAGGACGGCCGCUUCUGGGUCAAAGAUACCAAGUCCAGCAAUGGCACCUUCAUCAACGACAACAAACUGGGCAAUGAUCCGGCCGAGCUUCACUUCGGCGACACGGUCAAAUUUGGUGUGGAGGUUAUCGAGAACUCGCGACAGGAGGUGCAUGGCUGCAUUAUAGCCAGGGUGACACUGUUCAUGCCCGAUGGCAGGGAGGCCAUCUCAAUCGAUUCGGAUCAGCUGCAGCUGCUGGGACCCAAUAGAAUUAGUUUCGACGAGAUUCAGCGCCUCAACUCAUUUCUGCAGGAAGCCGCGCAGAGGGAGAAGACCCUCAAGGCGAAAUUGAACAGUUUGCAGGGGGUGCUCGACGCCACGCGCAAGAACUCGGCCAUGUGCUGGCAGAGCAUGAUUACCGAGGAUCAGCUGAUUCACAAGAUCAACCUUCUGGAGAAGAAAUUGCAGAUGAUGGAGAAAAAUGUCCCAGAAAAUGCGCUGCGUAACGAGAUUGUAAAGAUGCUGGAGGACAAGACAACGUAUCAAUUAACUGCCAAAGAGGCUCUGCGCAAGGUGUACCAAGAGCGCUGCGAUGCUAUGCAAGCACUGUCGAGGGCACAGUUGGCGAAUGAGACCUCUGAAAAUGAGUGCGUACUACUGCGUGCUCAGAUCGGUACAUCGAAGCAGACGCUGCAGGACUUCAAUGCGCGGCUCGAGAAGCUUCAGCAGGAGUACCUGGAUUACAAGAAGGAGUCGCUGCGUCAGCAACAGGAGGCUAAGAAACAGGAGGAAGAGCGGUUGGAGCAGCAGAAGGAACAACUGGAGCGUGAGAUGGACGACCUGCGCCUGCAGGUGGUCCGACUCCAGAAAACCAUAGACGAGCAUGACAGCGAACAGAAGCUUCAAGAGCAGAGUGUCUUGCAGCAGCUGGACGCGGCUAUUCCCGACGAUGACGAUGAUGAGUAUGAGGACAACAGCGACGACGAAAGUAUGGACGAGGCGCAGGAAAAGGACUCGGCCGUAGAGCAAGCUUUUGACAUGGAAACGAAAGAACAAGCAACGACAGGGUCUGGAAAUCGGAAGAGUAAAACGCCCAAUCAACAGAUCGAGUUUGAUAACAAGAAAAAGGUGAUUCGCAGAUCGCAGGUGAAGAAGUUGCUACAAAACUCAGAUCUCAACAGAGGCGCACUAGGCGCCGAUGUGCUGAAGGCUAUCCUUAACGACUUCGGCUCCGAAGAUGAGGAUCAGGAGCAGAAUGAAGAGAUCGAUGUGCAGGAAUUAAACAUGCGACCUGAGCUUAGUGCGGGCAUUAAGCGAGAGGCGGCGAAGGCUGCUAGCGACGAAUUCAUUCACAAUUCGCCGAAGCAUGCGCGUCUGAAUGGCAUUGAUGAAAUGCUGGAGCACCCGAAUAGCCAAUCGCAACCUGUAGGCUUGAUGCACAAGUUGAAAAGCCAAGAGAUGCUGGUGCGCGAUGAGGAGAUUCCAAAUAUUGAACCUGAUUUCCCCACAGAUCAGGCUAUCGAAAUGCUGCAGGAGGAAUGUGAUAGUUACAAACAGAAGACGGUAUUGCUAACCAGCGACAUUCACUCUCUGAAAGAGCAGAUGGACAAAUUAAAGCAGCAACUUGAGCAGGAAAUUCAGCGCAACGCCCAUACAGAGCAGCCUAAAACGGAGACAGAAGCAAAGGAUGUGUUGGAGGCAGAGGCAGACGCAGCCAAUGAGCCGCGUCAGGCGUCUGGCCAGGAUAAGAGUCUUUGCCUGGACACUGAAAAAGCCUGGGACGAGGACCUCGCAGCCAUAAACGACUCGCAGGUGGUACGCGAGGAGGAGCUAAUUGUCUACAAGGAACGCCUAGAACAAUCUGAGAGUAGCAAUCUACAGCUUAACAAUGAAAUCUUACAGCUUCGUCUCAAGCUGAAGCAUGAGGAGCCCCAAAAUCUGCUAUUUCUGUACCGGCUCGUGCCUUUGGGCUGCCUUGCUCUUGCUGGCCUCCUCUACUUCCUCUCCAUUCGCAUCUAGGACACCCCGAAUCAUCCUAGACCCCACAAAAUACAAGUGCGGAGCUAUUGAGAAGCUAUUGCAAUCCGAAGGAGUCCGCCGCAUUUUCACAGUUAUACAUAAGUAGUCCCUUAGCCGAGCUUUAUUAUACCACAUUUGCUUUUCGACCCACUUUUGAGCACCAAAUUUAAAGUCGUAAAUUGAAAUUAAUCGUCGAACCAAAAUAAGAAAAAAUUAUACAAAUAUUUGAAAAGUACAUAAUAAAAAUAACGAAACGCAAGGUUAGUUAAUUAUAAAA